AUGUCGCUCCUUCGACAGACAGCAGCUGGCCAACUCGGCCGUCCAUUGACUGGCCUCAUCGGCACUUCGGCUCGUCAGUGUGCGCAGCCCUCGGUAUCGCCGCGAGCUGCUCCCGCUUCGCGACGUGGACGAGCCACCGCCGUUGACCCCAACGAUGUGGCUGCCAACGGUGGUGUCGCCGCAUCCGCCUCUUCUUCAACGACGCCUAUCACCUCUACCCCUGCCAAGGAAGGAGCGAUCCGACACAACUGGUCGCGCAAAGAGGUGCAGAAGAUCUACGACUCGCCCUUGCUCGAACUCGUCUUCCGCUCCGCCAACGUUCACCGCAUGCACCAUCCGGUCAACCGCGUGCAGCUGUGCACGCUCAUGAACAUCAAGGAGGGCGGCUGUUCCGAGGACUGCGGCUACUGCUCCCAGUCGAGCAAGUACGAGACACCUUCCAACGCGUCCAAGCUCGAGGACCUCGAGACGGUGCUCACCGAGGCGCGCAAGGCCAAGGCCAACGGAAGCACGCGCUUCUGCAUGGGCGCGGCGUGGAGGGAGGUUGGUGGACGCAAGCGUGGCUUCAACCGCAUCCUCGACAUGGUGCGUGAGAUCCGCGGCAUGGGCAUGGAAGUCUGCACCACCCUCGGUAUGCUCACCACGGAACAGGCCAAGCAGCUCAAGGAAGCCGGCCUCACCGCGUACAACCACAAUCUCGACACGUCGCGCGAGUACUACGGCAAAGUCGUCACCACGCGCAGCUACGACGACCGCAUCGGCACCAUCGCCAACGUGCGCGAGGCGGGCAUUUCGGUCUGCUCCGGCGGCAUUCUCGGCCUGGGUGAGGAGCACGAGGACCGCGUCGGCCUCAUCUGGGAGAUGAGCACGCUGCCCGAGCACCCGGAGAGCUUCCCGGUCAAUGCGCUCGUUGCUAUCCCCGGUACGCCCAUGGAGCAGAACAAGCCCAUCAGCUUCCAGGAUAUGCUGCGCACCGUCGCGACGGCUCGUAUUGUCCUUCCUGGCUCUAUCAUCCGUCUUGCUGCCGGGCGUCACCUCUUCACCGAAUCCGAACAGGCGAUGGCGUUCCUGGCCGGUGCCAACGCCAUCUUCACGGGCGAACGCAUGCUGACCACGCCCACUUCGUCCUGGGACGAGGACAAGGCCAUGCUCGGCAGGUGGGGCCUCAGGGGCAUGGAGAGCUUUGAAGACAAGACCAUGGCCCCGCACCUCUCUGCCACCCCGGUGGCAGCCGCUGCUGACACCAUCUCAAUCGAGGAGCGACGUGCCAAGGCCAAGGCCAGCGAGGCUUUCCAGUCUGCCUAG